GGAAUAAUUAAUGCUGUCAAUUUAAUUUGGGAAGACUAUGAAUAUGUGAAAGAAGAAUUUGUGUAAAUACAACUUUAAAUUACAACUUUGUUUUGCCGUCAAUGAAAUGUUCUUCUUCUUUUUGCUUAUUUCUUUUUAUCUCUAGGUCCAAGGGUUGGAGAAGCAAGUGGAGUUCUCAGACCUGGGCCCUGUGGGGUCUGUGAUGAAAACUCUUCCAUAUGGCAUUGGUGGAGGCACAGUGGGAGGAACGACUGGGGGAGUGGUUAAGCCUCCAUACCAAACACGUGUCUUCUCCCCUUCCAUUGACCAGACACCCAUGAAAUCCAAGCCACCCACCUACAAUUUCUAUAACCCAUAUGAGUCAGCCCGGAACCAGUCCCUGGUCCUGGACCAGACAGGAUACCGCUCUAAGCGCAAGCCCUCACUAAAGACAGCCUUGAAGACCAAGAAGAUCUUCGGCUGGGGAGACUUCUACUUCAACGUCAAGACCAUGAAGUUCAGCUUGCUGGUGACAGGGAAGAUUGUGGACCACAUCAAUGGGACGUUCACUGUUUACUUCCGCCACAACUCUUCCAGCUUGGGCAACGUGUCAGUCAGCAUCGUGCCACCAACUAAAGUGGUGGAAUUCGAGGUCCUCCAACAACAGCAGCUGCACCCCCACCAGGAUGUCCAGAUCCAGGAGACCCACCAGUCCACCAUCUACCCCAAAGAGGCAAAGACCUUUAACUGUCGGGUGGAGUUUGAGAAAACCAAUAGAUCCAAGAAGCCCAAACCCUGCCAGUACGAUCCAUCUCAGACCUGCUUCACAGAGCAUACCCAGUCCCAAGCUGCCUGGCUCUGUGCCAAACCCUUUAAGGUGAUCUGCAUCUUCAUUUCUUUCUUUAGCAUCGAUUACAAGCUGGUUCAAAAAGUGUGCCCGGACUACAACUUCCAAAGUGAGCACCCUUACUUUGGAUAAGGAAGUGGGACUGAACUGAAAGGAGAAAAACUAAGACACUGUUAAUGACGACAUAAUGAUUAUAAUGACGAUGACUAAAAUGAUAGUCAUACUGAUUAUGAUGAAGAAGUAGGGGGCAGUUUUUUGCCUCUAAACUGCUUUGAAUUGUGGAUUUAAAUUAAGUGUAAUCAGAGUUAUGGAUGGUUAGGAUAUGGAUGAUUUCUCUGACUUAUUUUCCAACU